AUAUUUCUUUUUAUCUUUUACAGCAGGGGCUCGAUGAGAACGGGAAUGCCAAGAGACACAAAGGAGAAGGAGGGGAAGACGACGACGAGAUGGGGAAAGAUGCGAUCAUCACGUCGUCAUGGCCGGGGUCGACGCCCUUCCAGAGACCCUCCGCUUUCCGUCCCUGGUCGCCGAGCAUCCUCAACAAAGAGGGCGGCGGCGGCGGUAAGAUGGGACUGCUUCCAGACCACGGCACGGUUCUCGUCAGAGACAGCCGUGGGAUGCCAACCUACCUCAGCAUGGGACCUCCAGUCCUCCUCAACCCAGAGAGAGUGGUGCCCCACACUGCAGCUUCCAAGUUUGACAGCCAGUUUGCACCCAAUGUUGCCUUGGCGCCACCCUUGAAACUAUCACCAUCAUCCAAAGAAUCGAUGUCGCCAGAUGGAGAGAAAGAAAGAGACAUUAAAUGCGAAGACCUUGAAGUCCAUCCUGAGAGCACGAUGGAGCAGGAGAUUGAGAUGGUCAAGAAGAUGCUCCUGGAGAGCGACGCCCUGGACACCAGGGCGGGGCGGGAGAAGCUCCUCCACGAGCUGGCCAGGAUACGAAUCAGGCAGGAGGAGAGGUUACAGGGCGCACUCGCGGCCAAGAGGAAUUUCCAACAGGAGAUGGAGUUCUUGAGACUGACCAAGAAAGACAAGAUCAGGGAGGCCAUGGAAUCCAAGCGCUCGCUGCGCAAGGAGCUUGACCGGGUCAGGAUCGAGUACGAGAGGAAGCUCCGGGAGUCCAACGAGUCACGCCAGCGCCUCAAGCGAGACCUGGAGCUGGCCCGGAGCCGACGAAGCGAGAAGUCCAACGAGAUCGGCAGGGACAAUGAACGCCUGGGAUCUCAGAACGAAUACCUCAAGGAUCGAGUGAGGGAUCUGGAGGAAGAGAGAGACCAGCUCCGGAGAGAUCUGCAGAGGUCCCAGAAAGGAAAAGGCGAUGAGGCCACCAAGGAUGGAGAGAAGGGGAAAGAGGAGGAGGAGAAAGAGAAGGAGAAGGAAGAGAGAUUAGACCAAUCACCACCAAACAGGGACAGUAGUUUAGACUCUGGUGAUGUGAAAGAUGCACAGAAGGUGGCGGAAAAGAAGAAAGUGGUGGUGAAGCAAGAAAUAGAGGACAUUGAAGAAUCUUCAGAGACAUCAAAAAAGGAGGACGUUGUUAGGUGUCCGCAAAGUGAGGUGUAGGUUAUACCUGAGGGACUCUGACGGGCAGGUUUGAAUCGGAACAGGGGAAGGUGGUGGACUCCGGUGUUUGCAUCAAUGAAAGAGUUUCAGGUCGUCGCAAACCAAGAGUCUGUCUGUGAAUCCAGAGGAUGAUGUAAUGUAGCUGUGCGCCGGAGGAAGCUGGUAACGCCACGGCAACGCUUACGUCCAUAUCGCGCCAACAAACCCGCAUCGUGAAGGAGACGUAGUGCCUGAGUUAUUUCUGUCCUCGCUCUUAGCUCGUCUGAAGUAGUAAACCCUUGUCACUUAUAUUGACGUCCACUGCUUCGUGUACAUACAGUCAACGCUGUCUAUGUGUGAAUUAGAUGCCAAACGUUACUCGUUUCGAGUCGACCGCUGUAAUUUUGCAUAUCGAUGACUCCAUUUCUCAUCCCUGCGUUACACUAUAGCCAUCGCAACCCUUUCGUUUCUCUUCGCAGCCAUGUACGUGUUUCAGAGAUGUUUCCGUUACUUUGCAAAUAAAGUAUGCAUAACAAAUUUACAAGCAUAUAUAGAUAUAUAUAUAUGUAGAUAUAUGAUAUACAUAAUGUGAUGUAUAUUCAAUUUUUUUAGAUUUUUGUUGCCAGCAUUUCAAAAUUCUUGUGUAUAAGACUAAGAUCACUGCCAAUGAAUAUUAUAUAUUUGUUUCCUAGAUAUGUUUUCAUGGAUGUACAUUUGAAUUCUUUGUCAAUACUUUGACAGACUUUUAUUCAUGACAGAGCAUUGUAUGAUUUGAUUCAGACAAUAAUGAGGAUUUUUUUUGUUUUAAUUACAAUUUUUUUUAUGUCCGCUAGUUUUCGAGUAUUUGACAAGCAGCUAUUCUAUAUUAUUUUAUCUGGUUUAUGUUUGUUGAAUGACUCAGAUAUUUCUAUAGUGAUGGUUGGAGUUAUGGAUACGUUUUUGCAUGAAUUUUAUUGUUUGUUCAUUGUUAUUAUAAUCUCAUAUUUGCAGCUGGAAUAUGUUCUCAUUUUGAAUCUGAAAAAAAAA